AUGGCUGAGCCUUCAGCUAACUUGAAUCGACAACAACACGAUAAUGAUUUAUCAUCAUCAAUAACCAUAAAAUAUGACGGAUUAAAUAUUCAUGCUGUAGAAUUUGUACCUUCAAGGUUUUCAAAUUGUACGAUUGUUCCUACAACAUCAACAAAUAUGUGUGCUAGAAAUACUCCCGAUGAUGAAAAGAAACAACAGGGAACAAAGAAUAAAGCCACAGAUUUAAAUGAUCAACAAGUGACAAUCGAACGAUCUAUCAUAACUACAGUAGAAAUAUCUGAUAAUAUAAAAACAAAUAAAGCAGGCGCAGUCUUUCAAUUCGCAAGCCAAAAAGAAAUAAGAGAUGCUAUCGUUAAACGUGACAUAGUACGAAAACUCGAACCAAUCGAUAUUCUUUUUUGUGAUCAUAUUGAUACUGGAAAAUCAACCAUUUGUGGACAAGUUAUGUAUUUAACGGGACAAGUUGAUCAACGAACAUUAGAAAAAUAUCAAAAUGAAGCGCAACAAUUUUGGUAUCUAUCAUGGCUAUUAGAUAAAAAUGAAGAAGUCAGAAAACAACGAAUUGUUGACUGUCAUCAAGUUUGGUUUGAAAUUGAAAGAAAGCAUUGUACUAUUCUUCCACAAAUAAAUUAUCGAUAUUGGAGUUCAGGUGCGAAUCGUACACUGCCACAAGCUGAUAUUGGCAUUCUUGUAAUUUAUUUACUUUGUUUUUUUGUAACUAGUUGUUUUGUGAAACACGUCCUGAAAGGAGUGUUGAAGUGUUUAGGGUAGAAAUUUGCACCUAGCCCCCGGCGCCCCCCCCGCGCGGCGCCGGACCAGCCCCCCGCCACUCCCCCCCGGGCGGCACGGUGCGUCCG